AUGUUUCAGCUUGAUGAUUUAGUUCAGUCUACCUCUGACUUUAUGGAUCGUCACGCGACGGAGAUCCUGGAAAGCGAGGAGCUCCUUCAUUUGUCCGAUGAUGCAUUAAUUAAACUUAUUUCUCGCAACUCUUUCUGCGCUUCUGAACUGGUUAUUUUCCGCGCUGUUGCCGCCUGGUGCGAGUACCACAAUGUCGUUGGGUCAGAUGCAGAGCCGAUUCUGGAAUGCGUGAGACUGCCCUUGAUUGGAAUGAAGGAACUGCUUCAUGAAGUUCGGCCGAUGGGGAUAGCCUCGCCCGACUCGAUCAUGGACGCGAUCUCGUUGAAAGUGGAAUCUCGGGAUAUGGAGCUACCCCACCGUGGGGUGAUUUUUCCAGAUCGAAAUAUGGCUGUAGGAACGGAAGGAGCGGAAGUUAUCGAUGGAGAGUUCAUUCAGUUUCUGCUCGACGGAAACUCGAAGGAUUAUAACAACGAUAAGGGAUUUUCAAGGCAUAUUAUCGGCAAUAGCGAAACCGGCGAACCAAAAGCAAUCGUGGUCAGCCUUGCCCAGCCAACCAUCCUCAAUCAUCUGAAACUGCUCCUCUGGGACAAAGAUGAUCGAGCGUACAGUUAUUAUGUUGAAGUGUCUGUCGACGGGAAGGACUACCUGAAGGUCAUCGAUUAUGCAAGCUAUUUUUGUCGCUCGUGGCAGAAUUUGUACUUUCCCCAGCGAGUUGUUCGCUUCAUUCGGAUUGUUGGAACUGCGAACACCGCGAAUAAUGUAUUUCAUUUGGUGACCCUGGAGGCGUAUUACAGGGAGAAUGUUCCUGAAUUCGAUCAGAAGGGAAUCAUCAAGCCUGUCAAAAACGUAGCUUGCGUUCGAGAGGGUGCAACAGUCAUCGAAGGAGUUUCAAGAACACGAGAUACUCUAAUUUCCGGACAGCUUGGCGAGUAUGACUGGGAACAGGGCUACACCUGUCAUCAGCUGGGCGUCGGAGCUAUUGUUGUACAACUUGCCCAACCGUAUGUUCUUGGAAGCAUGCGAUUACUUCUCUGGGACUGUGACGAUCGACAGUAUACUUUUGAUAUUUAUGUCUCUACUGACAGGAAAACAUGGCAGCUAGUGGUAAAGAAAGAGCAACUUUGCCGAAGCUGGCAAUACAUGGAAUUCCCCGCACGCCCUGUUGUAUUUUUCCAAGUUGUCGGAACACACAAUACUGCGAAUGAAGUUUUCCAUGCAGUUCACUUCGAAUCCCCUGCGCAAGUCGGCCAAGAAGAAACCGAGGCACGAUGGAGGCCAAGCCCAAAUCAGUACCAAAAUCAAAAUCAAGAGCAAGAUGAGAAUACGAACUCCGAAGAAACGGAAGAUGAUAAUUUGUCGAACCCUGAACCUACGUAG